AUGAUUUUAAAUAUGCCAACAAACAUUGGUAAUACAAAUCCUACAUUGGAUUCGUCGGGACACGGUCUGUCGUGCGAAUACAAUUUCUUGAAACGUAAACUUGAUAACGAGGACACAAUGCCAAAUCUACAACAACAAAUCAGCACGAAUGACAUAAAUGCAACAACAAUAAUGUACCAGGACACAACAAAUAAUAAUAGCAUUUGGAAAAAACGUCACUUGGAAGAUGAAAUCACACAAUCCACAAAUACAGCACAAAAUUGUUAUAAUGAAAAUGAUUAUAGCACAAGUAACAAUCUAAAUGAAACAUAUGAGACCGGGAAUGGCCUACUAAACACAGAUACAAAUGGAAUUCAAAACAGUGCCGAUAUGACAUUCAGUUUGAUCAGUAACUCAUUUAUAAAUGAUCUUUUCGCCUAUGAUGCCAAUUUAAUUGUGCCAGUUUCAGUAUCUCCCGCUGCUAUUCCAAAUGAUAACACUAAUAAUUCCAAUAUGUGUGCUACUUCAGCAGCAGCAACAUAUAGCACGCCCACAAAUGUAUGUGCCAGUAAUAGUUUUGAUGAUGGCACAAACUGGCAGGCUACGGAUUUACUAGAACUUGACCAUCGUUACAAUUCCGGUCUGCAAACCGACAUAACACAUUUGAAUCCAACAGUUCCAUUAAAAGAUGUGACACAGGCUACAAUACCGUUAUCCAGUCCACAAACGGAACUUCAACAACAACAACAACCACAGCAACAACAUCAACAACGAAUUGAUUCAACUUUUCUAGUGCCACAAAAACAAUAUUCCAGACCUCAAGCCACAGCGCAUAUGAAAUACCGUCAGCAGCAAAAUUUAUCUCAAGCGGAAAUCAACAAUAAAAAUGACACCGAAACAGAUUUCGAGGAUAAAAAUUUAUCGUGGCUUUUGAAUUUUAAGUUUGAUGAGUUACCACAUCUCUCACCGGAUCUUAAUUCAAAUUCCCAAAGUAUUAUUAAUGCUAAUAACUCAAACAGUUGCAAAACAAAAAGUUCAUCUCCCUCAAUAAGUCAAAGCGAGUGCUCACGUUCUCCAAAAUCGAAAGUAGGAAAAAAAUUUGAAGAACUUGUACUGGAAGCCACCUCAGAAAUGGAUGCUAAUGAUUUAGUAGUUUCUGAACAUGUUACCAUUGAAGAUUCUUCUUUUAGAACGCCAAAGAAACCACCAUUCACAUACACCGAACUCAUCGAAUACGCCCUCGAGGACAAGGGUGAAUUAACAGUCUCUGGAAUUUAUCAGUGGAUAUCUGAUCGAUUUCCUUAUUAUAAAUCAAAUGAUGACCGUUGGAAAAACUCGGUAAGGCAUAAUCUUUCUAUAAAUCCACAUUUUCGCAAAGGUUCUAAGGCACCACAAGGAGCCGGACAUCUCUGGACAAUUUCAAGUGGUGACUCAGCUGAAAAUAUUCUAGCAUGGGAGCAUAAAAAACAACGUUUGGAUUUGUUCUUUAAAAUGGAGAGCAUGAAUCGUGAACGUAUAGAACAGCAUCAAAAGCAACUUCUGGAACAACAGAAACAGAAACAACAGUGUACGUCAACAAAUGAUAAUUGUCUGCAUGAACAACCAUGCACAUAUGAUGAAGCAGCUACUGCGGCAGCAACAAUCACACAAGAGAUGCUACAUCACGCUGAGUCUAUAGAGAACUGUGCCACAAGUGUCGAAAACAAGAACCUCAAUAAUAAUCAUAUGCAAAUUGUACGAGAAUUACCUUUCAACGACCUAAUGUGUGAGGAUGAAUUACGCAAAUCCGCUGGUCAAAUAUUAAAUGGAAUACAUCGAGAAGUAGAAGUGCAACCUGUGAAUGCGCUUAUUAGCACUUAUCACGACGCAUUACUAGACAAUGAUUAUCUCAAUCCUGUACAGAAAAAUGUGCCUAUUAAUGGAGAGCAGUCAAGAAGUGUCAAUCAUAUACAAAACUAUAACGCCUCAUCUCAAUACUAUAUCACAGAAAUUGAUCCAAUUGAGUUGGGCAUUCAAGACGAAACGGCUGCUGUACUCUUUAAUGACGACUUCAAUCUAAACUACUUUAGUUAUAAUCCCAAUAAUGAUAUAGUGGCUUGACCGGAUCAAGCUGUUGCAGCAACAACAACAAUCACAACAACAGCAACUGCAGUCAUUAGUAAAUCACUUACAGCAAUAGAAUCAAAUUCAGCUCAGGGGCGCAUUCAACAAGAGAGAGAACCACCAU